AUGAAGGCCAUGAAGGAGGAGAAAUGCCACCCUAAAACGACGCCUCGAAGACCUGGAGGCGUCCGCAAACAAGUCAUCGACGGAGGAGAUGCUGGCGAUGGUGGAAGCGAGGGUCCAAGCCAGGCUGGAGUCGGCCUGAUGGGCCCAGCCAAGGCCCACCUAGCCCACGAAAGAAGAACCGCCACCGGGGACACACAACUCCCCGUGACGAGCGGAUAUGUAGGAGGGCGCCGAACCCAAAACCGGCCAAAGGCAAGGGAAAAAGGAAAGAGAAGGGAGCAGCCACCCCGCUCCCGCUCCACUCCCGCCCCUCCCCCCUCCCAGUCGCUGGGCCCUCCAGCGCGCCGCCACAACCGUCGCGGGUCCCUCCACGGCCCCGGCGACUACGACGGCAUCGACGGCAAAGACCCAGGACCGAAGGAGAGAGACGCCGAAACAAAAGCCCCAAAAGGGCAAGAAGAACGGACCGCCUCCAGCCCAACCCGCUCCAGAGCCCCGCGUGCUGCCGCCAGCCCCGGCUAA